AGACUCUUCAUGAAUUAAUUCUAUGAGUUUUAUUAUUUAUUAUUAUUAUUUUAUGAGUUACUUAUAGAUAGAAAUAACUAUUUAUAACAGUGGCUGUAAUUAAAUGUACGAGUUGACGAGAAAAGUAGUUAUUUUCAAUUAUCAAGUUGCUUCUUUCAAUUGAUUUUCAUGUCUUUUCGAUAUUUCCCGGCGAUAUUUUCAUAUUUAUCCUUCUGCUUCCCCAAUUUUUUUUAUUCCCGUAAUAAAUUUUAAUCCCAGAGGUUUUGUGCCAACCCGUAUACUACCUACUCCUUGAAUUUCCCACGUGAUAGUGAAUAUUUUCGCCUGCAAUCAAUAGUUGAUACAAUUGAUAUCCAACUCAUUCCAUCGAUCCAGUAUUUUUUAUCGCUGUUCAAAUAUUCAAACCAGUAAUGUCCCCAAAUAAAUGAAAUUACUGGAAAAUUUAAUGCUUGUCUCAGUAGUUUGUAUUAUAUUAUAGUCAACUCUUGCAUUUCUAUUGGUCGAAAUUCCGAUGAAAAAAUAAUUAUCACUGAUUAAGGGGCGACAGUUGAAUAUAAGAGUGAGGACGAAUUAUUUAAAAUAUCAGUUUGACAGCCUCGAAGCUGAGGGAAAGACAAGUGAGAAUAAAUAAUAAAUGAAAGAACAGAAUGGUAAAUGGAAGCAGAGAUGGAAGAAUGGAGUUGAUUAUUUUUAAUGGGAAGUGGGACUGAGGGAUUGUGAUAUGAUUGGAUGGUGAAUUUUACUGGGUGAGGGCUGUCAUGUGAGAUUGCACUGUGUUAAUUGAUGGGUUGGGAAAAUGCUGUUGGUGGUUUUUAUGGAAUUCUCUAGUGGUGGAGGGAAGAGUUUGUCAUUGAUGCAGGUUGAUGGGGUUGGAGAUAGCGGGGAAGAGUCUGAGUGAGUAGAGCUGGAGACACUUGGAAAUUGCUCGUCACUUGGGAAUAUGGAGAUCAAUCCCCUCAGCAUUAUUCUCGUCAAGAGUGAUAGCAAGGGGGAUCGCAUGCUCUUCAGAUAUCCUCAUGCCACUAAUCAUGAGAAGGAUUCCAGUCAUUUCGCCAAGAGGAAGAAUCCAUACUCACUUAUCAUAGCUGAGGAUCUCUUACAGUCCCUGCCUUGUCCAACAUCGAAUAUAACGAACGGCAAUUUGACUGGACUACCUGAUGAAGUACUAUCAACCCUAUUUGCUGUUAAGCCGGAGCUCUGUGAAAUGAAAUUCGAAUUAAAAGUAAAUAAUGUAAGAUUCGUGGGUCAUCCAACCCUAUUAUCAUCCAGAGGACUGAAAGAAACCAACUCUUCAAUGUUAUUCAAUGUUGUAUUUGCACUUCAAGCCCAGGCCGAUCAUUCUGUCGUCAAGUGCUAUUACGAUCUGAGUAAGAGGUUGGGAAUUGCCUUGAGGCACGAGGAAAAGAGAUGUGGAUUUUUAUCGAGUGAAAUUAAAGUUAUGGUUUUGACGCACGAUGAAAUAGCCACGAGAUGUGAAGAGGAAAACGCAUGCAGCGAAAAUCCAUACGAACAGAUCCUCAAGAAGAGUUCACUUGCAAGAGAUUUGAAAUCAGCCUUCAACAGUCUGUGCACGUCAGGUUUCGUGGACCUCAUGAUAAACAAGUGGAUCCAAGUGAGUUUCUGUCUGCCUCAGAAAGUUCACCAGUUUCACAAGAAAGGUUUCAUCAUGAACCCUGAAACGAUAGACAGGUGUUUGGAUAGUUUGAGGCCAUAUCAUGGGAUUCUCCUGCUCAUAGAGCCCCUGGAUCUUCUGGAGUCACUACCUGCGGAUGCGUCUCCUGCUCUUAGGCGAUUAAUCCAGAUGUAUAAUCCCCUGAAGAGUCUGCAAACACUGGCUGCAGAUUCGGAUUUGUCGUUGGCCCAGGUUUUCCAGUUGACUGGACACCUCGUUUACUGGGCAAAGGCCACAAUUAUUUAUCCUCUGUGUGAGAGCAAUGUGUAUGUCGUUUGUCCAGACGCCUUGAUUUCCAAUCAGCUGAUGGAGGCUUUCUCCGAUCAAUUCCCAGGAUUGUCACUGCUCCAGAUCAUUAGUGAGUUUUCCCUUCCAACUUCGAUUAGUCAAAAACUCAAUCCACUGAAUCAACCUCAACAACAGCAGCAGCUUGUGAAAAUAAUAAUCUGGUUGUUGAGACAUCAUCUGUUAUUGCAGCUGCACACUUACGUGCAGUACAUGCCAACGGAUCAAGGCAGAAAUACACUGGAAACCCUGAGCCAGGAAGGGUCGAGCCCGACAGGAGCAACAGAAAACGACAGCAGCUGGAGUUUGAGCAAUACUCCAAAAUCGACCCCAAACGAAAUGAAAGCCGAGAGAUCAAUGGCUUUGCCGAAGGAGGAUGGCCUCUUCGAGUACAGAUCUGACAAUUUUCCGAUUCCUCCUGACGACAUAAUGCUGCUAGACCGUCUCUGUAGAUUUGGUUACUUCGACGGUGGCCAUCACCUCGAGGAAAUCAUGUACUUUGAGAAUAUACGAAGAUCCCAGUUGCUGCAGAUUCUCGAUAAAUUUCGAGACAUUUUAAUCACCUCCGAGCACGAAGAUCCAGCAAUAGCAUUAUUCUACUCUCAGCAUGGAUCCCCAUAGCCCAAUACUUGAAAAAUGAAUAUCAAUUGAAAAUAUAAAUGUUGAUGUGUAAAAAUAUAAGCAAUUUCUUAUUCUUUGUAAAUAAAAAGAAAUUUUUAUUUCACUCA